AUGAAUAUUACUGCGGACCUUGGUGAUCAGAUUCCUGUGCCCUCUUUUUUGGUUUCUGAAAAUUCGCGAAAUGAAGAAAUGUUCCGGGGCCUUCUACAGUUGAUUGGUACACAGAAACUUGAUUUAAGUGUUCCCCGAACUCCUGAGAGCCUUUUUUUGUGGUUUGGAAUGGAGAAUUCACUGUACAUACUAAUCCAGAAUUGGUUCACAUGUCAGCUUCCUCAGAUGGAUGAAACUAUGAUAAAGGAAUUUGUGGCCCUCGCUCUCGAACUCACCGCACAUAGACCCGAUGUCCAUGGAAGUUUCUAUGACCUACACAACUUACAGCAACGGGAAGCCUACGCUACCUGCCAUAAAUGCUCCUCUUCCCGACCUUUCUUGUUGCCUUCAUCCAUGGGCCUCCACAACAGUGUCCACCACAACUGUGACAUACCCUUAACCUGCCCUGUCACAGCAGAAAAAAUCGAGACCGCUGUAUGGGAGAUCUUCCUUGCACACAAGUCCCAAUGUCAACCCUCACCAGCAAAACGAGGGCGCACUCGUUUAACAACAGAUCAGUUGGCAAUCUUGAGAUCGAACUUCGACCUCGAUGCCUCCCCCUCAGACGAUACGGUGACCUCAAUUUGCGCCAAAACGGGAUUAAAAGAGAAGGUUGUAAAACACUGGUUCCGAAACACCCUUUUCAAGGAACGUCAGAGAUCUAAGGAAAAUCCGUCUAAUUUUUCAUUUUCCUCCACUGACGUAAACCCAGACGUGGAGGAGUGUGAGAAGUCAGGAUGGGUAAUAGAGGUUCAACAGACGGAGGCCUCAGCAAGGUCGACCACACGACCACCAACCAAGAGAAUUCGAACUGCGAUUUCGCAGAAUCAGCAAGCCCUUCUUGCAGGCUACUUUCAAGUUGAUCAGAACCCAAGUAGACGACAAAUGGACGCAAUAUCAAGCAAAGUGGGACUCCCGAAACGUGUUGUGCAGGUGUGGUUCCAGAACGCUCGAUCUCGAGAGCGCAAACUCGGACCGGUAACCUCUUCCUCGGCUUCCAGGUAUCCAUCUUGUCAGCAGCAGCAGCAGCAGAUGAACCCAACUCUUGAGGCCCCUGUGGUUCCGCUUCCUUAUAUUGUUCCUCCUCGAGAAAGCUCAACCCAGCCACCUUCUUUGGGCCAUUACGAUUGUCACGUUUCGGGACCAAAUGCCUCAAAUGCGUUCUCUGAAUCCUCACCCAUAUCAUCCGAUUUGCUAAAACAAUUCAUAAUGCAACUUCUGCAAAACCAAAUUCCUCCACUUGGUGCACCGCCACCACCAUUGCCCUUCGAAGUUGACGAACUCGAUUCGCCCCUGGAUCUGACGACUGGUUCCUCUCGAUCCAAUGACCAGGAAUCACCCCAUUCUGAAAAUCACAGCCCUGUGACUAGCAGCGUAGCAACUGAAGCGAGACCCGAAAAUUUUUGUCGGCGCAACAGAACAAGCAUCAGUUUGUCGCAGGCACGGUUCAUGCAGUCGUUUUUCAUGCAUCACAAAACUCCCACAAUUUGUGAAUGCGAAAACAUUGGUCGGGCCAUUGGUCUCAGCCGAAGGGUCGUACAAGUGUGGUUCCAGAAUCAGCGCGCAAAGGAAAAGAAAAUUGCUCGGACGACCGCUGUCUGCGGUGAAGGCGUUGCCCACCAGCAGAGCCUCGAGUCCCUGCCCCUCGUUGAAGCCGUGAAGGGCAGUGAGUGCAAACUAUGCAACUCGAUGAUCAGCUCGAGUGGUGCUGAAGAAGGCACUGCACUCAUCGAGCAUAUUUUUUCGAAGACCCACAUGGAUCGGUUGCUGAUGGAGAUUUGUCAAAUGGAAAGGUGGUCGUUGCCCACGGAAAAGAGGACACUCGGUUCAUCGCAGGCGCAGCAGCAAUAA